AUGGCGUCAAUUUUUAAGCGCAACAGUUACCACGUGGGGGACGGCAGUGUAACAACGGAGUUUAGAGAACCCAAUUAUAAUGGAGAGACAUCUGAUUCCACUCUUGCCUCUACCAAUAGGGUAACCCCAAAUGCAAGCCGUCGUCGCUUCUCUUAUCACCGCUCAGUCGUAUCGACAAGAUCUAACACCCCGCCGUCACCUGCCUCUCCUUCAGAAUCGCUUCCUAAUUCACACGAAAAGUCCAAUAACGCGUCUAUACCCACUUCGCGUGACUUUUUAGAAAACAACUCUAAAAAAGCCAGAGCGAACACGGGCCUUUCUAUUCGCAACAGAGUAGUAGGGUUUGCAUCGACUAAGACUCAUUCACACCGACGAACAAAGAGUCUAGAACGAAAGAAGAAGAACGAGGAGGAACUAACAAGACAGCCAUGGGCAAUUCCCCCAGACGCCGGUACUGGCAUGAAGGCCAGGAGACUAAGUCUCAGUCUUCCCGACGACUUCACGGUUGAUGUUGCAGAUCUCACAAAAGAGUUCGAAUACCAGCACAAAUUCCUAGGUCGCCACGGAAAGCACUUGGGUAAAGGCGCAACGUCAAAAGUUACUCUUAUGGUCCGCAAGGGUAAUCCUGGUGAACUGUACGCUGUUAAGGAAUUCCGCUCCAAGAGCUCGUCGGAAACUACCGAAGAGUAUGAGAAGAAGAUAAAAUCCGAGUAUAGCAUCGCAAAGAGUUUACAUCAUCCAAACAUCGUCGAGACUAUUCGCUUGUGUACUGACCAUGGACGUUGGAAUCAUGUAAUGGAGUACUGUUCCGAAGGUGACCUUUUCGGUCUAGUUUCCAAGAAGUAUCUUCGAGAAGAGUCUCGCGAAAUUGACCGUAUGUGCUUGUUCAAGCAGCUCUGCCAAGGAAUCAACUAUUUGCACUCGAAUGGCAUCGCCCACCGAGAUAUCAAGCUGGAGAAUCUGCUCAUCACCAAAGAUAGCAAACUAAAGAUAACGGAUUUUGGUGUUUCUGAAGUCUUCUCCGGUAUACAUCCUGGUCUGCGGGAAGCCGGUGGCCAGUGCGGUGUGGGUAUGGGUGACAUUCGUCUUUGCAAACCUGGUAUCUGUGGCAGUCUCCCGUACAUAGCCCCCGAAGUCCUUAGUAAGGGUGUUGACUAUGAUCCCCGCGCCUUGGACGUUUGGAGUUCGGCUAUCGUCAUGCUGUACCUUGUCUUCAAUGCCAACUUGUGGGAGAAAGCGCAGGCAGGCUUGACAUCCCCAAGUCAAAAAACGUAUAACGAACUCAAUAAUGGUUGGACAAAGAUCAAUGCCAAGAAAGAAGCGGACCCUAGUGCAAUCGGCGAUGAUACCUAUCCCAAAGUUGCUGCAUUUGAGGUAUGCGUCAGACCGGCACCUCUUCGACGUCUGCUAUUGAAAAUGCUCAAUCCCAACCCGGAGAAGCGCAUCACGAUGAGUGAAGUUAUGUCGAAUAGGUGGAUGAAGAACGUGGAGUGCUGCCAGUUGGAAAGCUACGAAGAUCCCACCAAGUUUAUUGAUGCCUCCAAGAAAGACUGGAUGAAGUCGGGUGCAAACAAGAUCUUCUGUCACAACCAUUUACCUCCUAUGAGCACGGGACACGGCCUACCUCCGAUGCCUGGCAAACCCGGCUACUAA